CGCAUAUGGCGUAGGCGGGCUUGUUUGUCGGUGUAGAAGGGUGAGAGGAGCAGAAAGCCACCGACGCUUCCGCGAGAAUGAGCAGGGAGAAGUUGCGUGGGAAGCGGAGAGGUUACGCAUCGGUCCGGUCUCUUCCGAAAGAUCGGGAGAUGUAUCGUGCUCGAUAAUAACGACCGACAGUGGUGAGUGAUCCUCGCCGCUGCAUAACGUCGCCCCGAAGUUGUCUUCUCGAUUCCGAAUUUGAUUGCGAGCAGUGAGAAAAGGUUCAGUGGGUGAAGUUCUGAACGCUGAAAUCUUUUUUUUCUGUGCAAACAUGCGAGUGACCAAGGUGUUUCUGUUGUUGCUGCUCGUGGGAAGUUACGCUUUAGCUAGUCCUGAGCCUUCGGAUGAGUUGUACAGUCGCUUUCAACCGAGGACCCGUAAAGAAGACAAGUGUUAUGACGAGAACGGCAAGCCUCAGAGAUGUAUACCACCAUUCGAGAAUGCAGCAUUUAAUGUGCCGAUGGAAGCAACUAAUACAUGUGGCGAGGACCAUCCAACAGAGUUUUGCAAGCAAACACGCGUACAAAAGAAAUCAUGCGAGAUGUGCCAGUGGGGCGACCACUCAGCAAUCUAUCUCACUGACCAUGAUAACAAUGACAAUGCUACAUGGUGGCAGUCCAGCACCAUGUAUGAAGGCAUUGAAUAUCCCAAUCAGGUCAACCUCACUUUGCAUCUAGGUAAGACGUUCGAUAUAACGUACGUGAGAGUACUAUUCGAAUCCCCACGACCGGAGAGUUGGGGCAUUUACAAGCGAAAAAAUGAGAAGUCGCCAUGGGAGCCAUAUCAGUUUUACUCGGCCACGUGCAGAGACACAUACGACUUACCCGAAUCGAAAGAGACCGUACGUGGUGACGACACCCGCGUACUAUGUACAUCGGACUUCUCCGAUAUUUCACCUCUUACCAAGGGUACCGUCGCCUUCUCUACUUUGGAGGGCCGGCCCUCCGCGUAUUAUUUCGAUACUAAUCCCGAACUUCAGGAAUGGGUGCAAGCGACGGAUUUGAGAAUCACAUUGGACAGAUUAAACACGUUUGGUGAUGAAGUAUUCGGUGACUCGCAUGUAUUGAAGUCUUAUUACUACGCCAUCGCCGAUGUAGCAGUUGGCGCGAGAUGUGCCUGCAACGGCCACGCCGGGGAGUGUGUCAACAGCACUAGCGUGGACGGUAGAACUCGUCGAGUAUGCCGGUGCGAACAUAACACCGCCGGCCCAGAUUGCAACGAGUGCCUGCCCUUUUACAACGAUGCGCCGUGGGGUCGAGCCACUACCACAGACGCGCACGAAUGCAAACCCUGCAAUUGCAACGGCUAUUCGGACAGAUGUUACUUUGACAAAGAACUGUACAAGUUGGCGGGUCACGGAGGUCACUGCCUGGACUGUCAAGCGAAUCGCGAUGGCGCUAACUGCGAACGGUGUCGGGAGAAUUAUUAUCAACGUCCCGAUGACAAUUACUGCAUCGCCUGCCACUGCAACGAGAUCGGUUCCAGGAGUCUACAGUGUAACAGCGAAGGAAAGUGCCAAUGUAAACCGGGAGUAACAGGAGAUAAGUGUGAUCGUUGCGCACCCAAUUUUUACAAUUUCGGUUCGCUGGGUUGUACCUCGUGUGAGUGCAGUUUCGCGGGAUCGGAGGGGAACAGUCCCAGCUGCGACCCGGUCACGGGAGUCUGCGUCUGCAAAGAGAACGUCGAAGGGAAACGCUGUAGAGAAUGUCGUCCAGGUUUCUUCAAUUUGGCAGAGGAAAACGAGUUCGGCUGCACGCCGUGCUUCUGUUAUGGUCAUUCCGCUGUUUGCCGGUCAGCCGCUGGCUACUCCAAGCUCGUCAUCGAGAGCAUGUUUGUUAGAGGAAACGAACGCUGGUCCGCCAUGGUGGUUGGCAAUCAGAUUCCGGUACAAUACGACGCACUAACACAAACCAUCUCUGUAACCGCAGCGAGCCGCGACAGUGUUUACUUCCUCGCGCCCGAUAGAUUCCUGGGAGAUCAGCGAGCAUCGUACAAUCAAAAUCUGUCCUUUUCGUUGAGGAUAGGAGAAACCGGCCCGGCAGUCACGGUGCGAGAUGUGAUUCUCGAAGGCGCAAACGGCGGGCAAAUCACGCAGACUAUUUUUGGACAGAAUAAUCGGCUGCCAACCGUCAAACGUCAGGAAUACCGAUUUAAACUGCACGAACACUUGAGUUACGGCUGGCAGCCCCAACUUUCCUCGCGAGCCUUUAUGUCAAUUCUGUCGAAUCUGACGGCUAUCAAAAUCCGCGCCACGUACACUAAUCAAGGCCGAGGCUUCUUGGACGACGUGAAAUUAGAAACUGCGCAUCGUGGUGCCGCUGGUGAACCUGCCGAUUGGGUGGAGCACUGUCAGUGUCCACACGGCUAUGUCGGUCAAUUCUGCGAGUCCUGCGCGCCAGGAUUCCAUCACGAUCCGCCCAACAGCGGUCCGUUCGCUCUCUGCGUGUCUUGCAAUUGCAACGGCCACGCUGACAUCUGUGAAGCCGAAACCGGACAAUGCAUUUGUCAUCACAACACGGCCGGCGACAAUUGCGAGCUGUGCGCCCGCGGAUUUUACGGGCAUCCGUUGAGGGGAACGCCAAACGAUUGCCAGCCGUGUCCUUGUCCUGAUAACGGACCUUGUAUCCUUUUAGGAAGCAAUCCUGAUCCCAUCUGCUCCGAGUGCCCUAUCGGCAGGACCGGACCUAGAUGCGAAACAUGUUCAGAUGGUUAUUACGGGAAUCCUGAGAGAGGCCUGGCUUGUCGUCCCUGUGACUGCAAUAACAAUAUUGACUUGAAUGCUGUGAGAAAUUGUAAUCAUGAGACUGGAGAGUGCCUUAAGUGCGUCAACAACACAGCGGGCUUCCACUGCGAUGAAUGUCUACCUGGAUAUUACGGGGAUGCAUUAUCGGAUCGAAAAGAAGAUGGUUGCAAGUUGUGUCAGUGUUACCCACCGGGCACAGUGGAGUUGGACGAUGGUAGAGUUAUGCCGUGCGACCAAUUGACGGGACACUGCACUUGUAAGCCAAACGUGGUCGGUCGCAAUUGUGAUCGAUGCGAAGAGGGUUACUACCAUAUUAUGAGCGGUGAAGGCUGCACGCCCUGCAACUGCGACCUCGAGGGCUCAUAUAAUCGAACUUGCGAUCCCAUCACUGGUCAGUGCCAGUGUAGAUUAGGCGUCACUGGACAGCACUGCGAUGCGUGCGAGCCGUAUCAAUAUGGAUUCAGUCGAGAGGGUUGUAAACCUUGUGACUGCGACAGCAUCGGCUCUCAGGACCUGCAGUGCGACGCCAGCGGACAGUGUCCUUGUCUGACGAAUGUGGAGGGUAGACGCUGCGACCGCUGCAAGGAGAACAAGCACAACCGUCAAAACGGAUGCGUGGACUGUCCGGAUUGCUACAAUCUCGUGCAAUCGGCAGUGGACGAUCACAGGCGACGCUUGGCCGAACUGGAGGACACUCUGAGAAAGAUCAACAGCAGUCCCACCGUUAUUAAUGAUUCGGAUUUCGAGAAGGAGCUCAAGAACGUCCAAGAUAGGGUCAGGGCAUUAUUGAACGUCGCCAAGCAAGGAUCCGGCAGUGAGAACAAAACACUAGUGGAGCAACUGGACGAGUUACGCGAUCAACUGAACGCGAUCGACGAAAUCUACCAGACAGUGAAUGUGACGGCGAACGACGCACGCGACAUCAUCGAGGACGGCCUCGUGAACAUUGACGAGGCAGAGAAAGUAUUGGACAAGACGUACGAGCACUUGACGGAAGCAGAGGAUUAUUUGGCCACGGACGGAGCGAGCGCUCUUACAGAUGCGAAAUUGCGCGCGGAGCAGGUCGGCCAGCAGAAUCAGCAGAUGACGGCAAUCGCGCAGGAGGCCCGUUUGCUCGCCGAAGUAAACACCAAUGAAGCCAAGAAACUUCAUAUGUUGGCCGAACAAGCUCGAAAUACGACAUUGGAAGCUUACAAUCUCGCAAAGCAAGCGAUAUCGAAGUACUCGAAUAUUACUGACGAAAUAAGAGGUCUGGAGAAUAAGUUAGCGCAAUUGGACGAUCGUAUGAACGAGGUAAAAAAUCUUACUGCUGUCGCGGCCAACAAGUCGUCAACUGUCUCCCAGGAAGCCAUAGAUUUAUUAAUUCUUGAUCUAACCCUUCCGCACGUCGAUAUCAAGCAAUUAUGGGAACAAGUAGAAAGCGUCAACAAUGAGGGCGUGAAAAUUAAGGAACAGGCGCAACUCUUGUUAGAGGAGAACGAAAAUCUCAUAAACGAAAUGACCGAGAAAGCGAGGAAGAGCCAUGAGCUUCUGGAACGAGCUCAAGAUCAGCAAGCGGCGACAGCUGAGCUACUGGCCGAGUUAGAUCAGGCUAAUGAAACAGCGAAUGACGCUGUUAAUCGUGGCGAUCAAACGCUAAAAGAAGCUCAGGAGACUUUGAAAAAAUUGGGAGAAUUCGACGCCGAGGUGCAACGUGAACGCGUGAAGGCGCAAGACGCCUUGAAAGAUAUACAGAGCAUCAAGGAACUAAUAGACAUUGCCACCACGCAGACGAGAGAGGUAGAGAGAGCGCUAAACGGAUCGGAGGACAACGCAAAAAAUGCGCGCGAAAUAGCACAGAAUGCUCAGACUUACGCGGACAAAGCGAGCGUGAACGCGAACGAUAUUAGAAUGGAAGCGAAUAAAACGAAGAUCGAGGCUCUGCGACUUGGUAAUGAAGCUGAGAAGCUGCACCAGAGAGUAGACAUCACAGACACGAUGAUGAGGCAGUACGAGAUCCAAGUAGUCAAAGACUCAAACAUCGCGACAGAGGCUAAUCACAAAGUCGGCCAGGCGAAAAUUAACGUAACUCAAGCCACACAUCUAGUCGAUAAGGCCUUAUCCGAAGUAGCCGAGAUUAUCAAAGAGUUAGAAAAUCUUCCAGAAAUUGACGAUGCCGAUUUGAAUCGGCUGGAGGAGCGGCUAGUGGCUGCCGAGAAGGAAAUUAAAGCGGCCAAUUUAGACCAGCGAAUUCGUACUCUCACAGAUGCCAAGAAUACACAGACACAGUGGGUAAAGAAUUUCGAAAGCGAAGUGAAUAGAUUACGAAUUGAAGUAGAGAAUAUCGACGACAUUCGCAAGGUCCUACCUGUCGACUGUUAUCAGCGCGUCCGUCUCGAGCCCUGAAGUGCCUUAUUCUUUUUACAUCGUUUAUUACAUCGUUUUUUAUACCAAAGAUUUUUUUUUAUAAUAUAUACACUGGGGCUUGUAAUUUUUUUUUUAUAGAAUAUUCAUCUGCAUUUAUAUUUGUUAUAAUUUACUAAUCUUAGUACGUGUAUAAAUAUGUAUAUAGUAUCUGUACACAUCCGUAACACGUAACUGCCAUAUUAUGUCAUUUUAAGAUGAUCUAAGACGUAGAAAUUUCAAAA